AUGAGCGUCUCGAAAGCGACAGCGGGUGCGCUGUGUUUGUCCACCUUCACUUUACUCGUCUCACUCUAUUCCAUCUACAACAUCUACACCGAUGUUCGCGGUAUUUGGAUGCAGCUCGACGAACAAAUGGUCGAGUUCAAAGUCCAAACCGAUGAUAUCUGGACGCAAAUGCUUGGUCUCGGCGCUGCCACACCAUCCACUCGUCAAAGACGUCAAGGAAAAGACCAAUAUGGAGCCUACGAAGCUCAAGGAGUAAACGCUGGACCGGUCUGUGCGUGCUUCUCGAGUGCGGCAAGUGCUAGCGGCAGAGCAGGAAGCAGAGGUAGAGACGACGACCUCGGCACAGGAGGUUGCCCACCUGGACCAGCUGGACCGGAAGGUGUUCAAGGACCAGACGGUGUACCCGGUCACGACGGUAUAGAUGGCUUCCCGGGUGAGGAUGCCGACGACUGGCAAAACGCGCCGUUCAUUGGCUGCAUCCAAUGUCCAACGGGCAAACCGGGAAUCGCGGGUGAACGUGGCAAACCGGGUAUCCGUGGCAUGCGCGGCCAGAGAGGCACCCCGGGAACGCCUGGCAGUGACGGAAACCCAGGAAGCCCCGGUGAAAUGGGACCGCCAGGACCGCCUGGUACUGAUGGGCCACCAGGACCAAACGGAGAGAAGGCAAGUAUCCAAAAACGAUUCGGACCCCAUAUUACCAAUGGCCAAGACACCGAACAAAUUAUCCCACGCAAGGGACCGCGCGGAAAUACGGGCGAGAGUGGUGAACCAGGAGAGACUGGAGAACCAGGUAAAGAAGGCGCUGUUGGUCAGCCGGGACCAGCGGGACCAGAUGGCACACCCGGAUUCCAAGGCGCUGGUGGUCGCCCCGGAGAAGAAGGUACUCCAGGGCUCCCAGGAAAGAUUGGAGCUGAUGCUACGUACUGCCCCUGCCCUGACAGAGAACAGAAGAAGCAAGUGGUCGGAUCGCCCGCGGCUCACUCAGUGGGAGCGAAUGCCCCCGCGCCCGAGUUUUCUGCAGGAACUGGAGGCUACUCCGGAGGAACUGGUCAUGCCAUAUCGAACUAUGGACGCUAA